GAAAGCCAUGAUUCGAUGACUGCCUUCUGACUCCUUGUGCUAUCGGCCUCCCUCCACAUUCUUAAAUUCUGUUCUGAUCUGUAUCCCGCACAUCCUGCCACUCAGUACAGCCUUCUACUCAUAACGCCUUCGCCUUCUGAGUCUUUACCGACUCCGAAGGCAUCCCGCCCGGUUGAAGAUGGAAGAGCAAGUAGCAAGUGCCGUUGAGAUCGCCUUGAAUCAGUCCUCAGACCAAGCCCUCAAGGCCCAAGCCUUCGAUUAUCUCAACCAGCUCCGCUCCGAUCCCGCAGGAUGGCAGGUCUGCCUUUCUAUCUUCACAAAAACUCCACAGCACUCGGAAGUCGUACGGCAUGUGGCUCUUGAGGUUGUCAAUAGCAGCGCCGCUCAGGCUAGUCUGAUUGACCUUCAAACUCUAGGUUUCAUCAGAGAUGGCUUGAUGACCUACCUUCGUCAGGCCUACGGACCAGAUGGAACCGGAACCCCCGAUCCUCCCAGCAUCCAGAAUAAAAUCGCUCAGACCCUCACUUUCCUCUUCUCCACCCUCUACGCCAGUGGCUGGGAGUCCUUCUUCGACGAUAUCCUGAGCCUGACCUAUAAGUCAUCCUCCAGUACGUCACGCGACAGUCCGACGGGUAUCAUAUUUUACCUGCGAGUGCUCAAUGCAGUCCAUGAGGAAAUCGGUGACGUGUUGGUUUCAAGAUCGCGCGCUGAACAGGACAGGGCAAACGCCCUGAAGGACUUGAUCCGGCAGAGAGACGUCCAGAAGAUCGCCAGUUCCUGGAAAGAGAUACUAUCUGAAUGGCGGGAUGGCAACGAUACUAUUGUGGAGAUGUCCCUGAAGGCUGUUGGUAGCUGGGUUAGCUGGAUCGACAUCAGUCUCGUCGUGAACCAGGAAAUGCUGGAUCUUUUGUUCCAGCAGCUGGGGCGUGCCCAACAACCGGAACUCAGAGUAGGCGAAGAAAAGGUACGGGAUGCGGCUAUUGACGUCUUCACAGAGAUCAUCGGGAAGAAGAUGAAGGCAGAAGACAAGAUCGAUAUGAUCAUCUUCUUAAACCUCGACACAAUUGUCUCUCAGCUUUCGAACAGUCCGCCACUACAUGAUAAUAGGUUCACCUACAAAUACGAUACAGAUCUAGCCGAGACCGUGGCUAAGUUAAUAAAUUUUACUGUCGUGGACGUCGUGCGGGCCCUGGAGCUUGAAUCAAUCCCCACCGAGACUAGGGAGAAAGCAAAUACUCUUCUUCAAGUAUUCCUUCCGCACAUCUUGAGAUUCUUCUCCGACGAAUAUGACGAAGUAUGUUCGACCGUCGUCCCGUGCGUGAACGAUCUCCUAUCCUACUUGAGAAAGAUUUCGAAAUCAAACCCGGCGGUUGCUGCCCAAUAUUCUUCGAUGCUGCUGCCUAUCCUCAAGGCCAUUAUCGCCAAGAUGAGAUACGACGAAACUUCAACAUGGGGCGAUGAAGAAGACCAGACGGAUGAAGCUGAGUUCCAAGAACUGCGGAAGCGGCUAGGUGUAUUGCAGCAUCUCAUCGCCUCGGUAAAUGAGCAGCUGUAUAUAGAAGCAAUCUCGGAACUUGUUGGGGCCACCUUUGAGAACCUGCGACAUUCAGGUGCGCAGCUGGACUGGCAUGACUUGGACCUUGCCUUGCAUGAAAUGUUCCUAUUCGGCGACCUAGCUGUUAAGAGCGGCAGUUUAUACGUCAAGGGCGUUCCACACAAUCAAGCCGCGGAGAGACUCAUUGAGAUGAUGAAGAGGAUGGUGGAGUCAGAUAUCAGAUCUUUCACCCACCCUGCCACGCAACUUCAGUACAUGGAAAUCUCUGUGCGAUACAGCUCGUUCUUCCAUUACCAUACACAUCUCAUUCCAGGAGUCUUGGAAAGCUUCCUCCAACUGAUUCACCAUCCCGUCAAAAAGGUCAAGAUGAGAUCGUGGUAUCUGUUCCAACGGUUGGUGAAACAGUUGAAAGCCCACAUCGGCAAUGUCGCGCAGACGGUCAUUGAGGCCUUAGGCGACCUUCUCGUUAUACACGCAGAACUUCCCACGGAAAGUUCAGAUGGCGAUUCUUCAGAGGACCAUGAAGGAUCGGCAGAUGCUGUUUUCAACAGUCAAUUGUAUCUCUUUGAGGCUGUGGGCACCAUCUGCUCCACUCCCGCUCUCACGCCUGAUAAGCAGGUUCUUUACGCACAAUCAGUGCUGAAUCCCAUCUUCAUGGACAUGGAAAGGCAUCUUCCCGCAGCUAAAUCUAACGAUGAGAGGGCCUUGUUGCAAAUUCACCAUGAUAUCAUGGCUCUUGGAACUCUCGUCAAAGGAUUCUCGGAUUGGGUUCCUGGGUCCAGUGGCCCCUCGACUCUUCCCGCGCCCGAAGUUUCUGAGACUUUCUACCAGGUAUCCGAAGUGACGCUAGUCGCUCUGGAGUCUUUGAAAUCCUCCUUCAACAUAAGAACGGCUGCUAGGUUUACUUUCUCCAGGCUUAUCGGAGUGCUUGGCGCGCGGAUUCUGCCACAGCUCCCGAGGUGGAUUGAUGGUCUUCUCACCCAGACGUCCACGAGGGACGAAAUGGCUCUCUUUCUGCGUCUCUUGGACCAAGUGAUAUUUGGAUUUAAGACCGAGAUAUACGCAAUCCUCGAUACCCUUCUUACGCCUUUCCUACAGCGGGUUUUCGCUGGUAUUGCAGAUCCCACUACUGGUACCGAUGACGAAAUCCACCUGGCCGAGUUGAAACGAGAAUAUCUCAAUUUUCUGUUGGCGGUAUUAAACAAUGAUCUUGGAGCCGUCAUUAUAAGCGAACGCAAUCAACCCAUUUUCGAGACCCUCAUCUCCACUAUCGAACACUUCUCGAAGGAUGUCGAAGACUACACGACAGCGAAGAUGGCAUUUUCGGUCCUCUCCAAAAUGAGCAGCUCCUGGGGUGGUCCCGAUAUCGUCCCGCAACCCUCGCAAGAGACAGUUCCUUCGCAACAGGCUCUCCCAGGCUUCGGCGGGUUUAUGAUAUCUCGGUUUUCGCCGCUCUGUUGGGCUCUUCCCGCAACACCAACUUUCAACGUAAAGGAUGCGCAAGCUAAGCAGGUUCUCUCUGAAGCCGGAGCACUGCAGCGGAUCAUCUACUCGAAGACAGGGGUAGAAUAUGCCGAAUAUCUCCGCACACGUGAAUUGCCAGGCAUAGGUAUAACAGCGGAUCUGAUUGAAGAGUACUUGAAUGCUCUGGGCCAGCUGGAUGUGAGAGGUUUCCGGCAAUUCUUCCCAUCUUUUAUCCAACGAUUGACCGCAUAAAGCCGUAUGGUGUGACUGUUUUUGUCCUCCCCUACCUUGUCCACUACCUUCGAUCUACGCCGUCCAAGAUAGUUUCCUUCAUUUUUUUUUCUACUUGUCAUUUUGUUUUUACUUCCCAUCCAUCUAGAUUCCCCCAAGGUUUGUUUUAACGGGCUGGAGAUUCCCAUAUAACCCUUUUCACAUUGAUCGCUAUGACACCCAGACUAGUUGUUGCACUUGCUGCCUUGCGGUUCUUCAAAAAAAGAGAGAGAGAGAGAGAGAGAGAGAGAAAGGGGAAAAGCAUAUAUAGGUUUUGUGACUCGUUUGCAU